AUGUUUAAUAAUAAUCAAAUUGUAUACUAUCCUUCAAAUCAAAUAGACCACAACAGUAGUAAUAAUAUAAAUAAAAACAAUAAUAUAACAUAUAAUGAAAGUAGUAAUUAUGUUUCAAUAAAAAAAAAAGUUCAUUUUAAUGAUAAAGAUGAAAUUUACUAUACAGAUUCUGAUGUUUACCACGAAAAUGAUGAUCUUAUAAAAGGUGAAAAAGUCCCAGCCAAAAAUAUUACAACUUUUAAUGAAGCUAUGGAAAUAAUUAAUAUAUGUAUUGAAAGUUUUAGUAGUUUUUUAGACAGAUAA